AGACAUCAGCUUAUAACGGACAUCUCAAAAAACCUAAACUACAACUCCUGUCAAGAAGCUGCGCCCUCCGACUCCGAGUCGCCUCAUUUUUUCGGACGGAGUUGGAAUCGUCCACCGAAACCACUAAGACAUGGAUCGUUCCCGAACUUUCGUCAAGGACGUCAAGCGCCUUGUUGUCAAGGUUGGGACCGCUGUUGUCACUCGAGCUGAUGGAAGAUUAGCGUUGGGAAGAUUAGGCGCUCUAUGUGAGCAGAUUAAGACAUUGAACUCCCAAGGUUACGAGGUCAUUGUAGUGUCCUCUGGUGCUGUUGGUCUUGGCCGUCAACGGCUUCGAUUCAGGAGAUUAGUCAACAGUAGCUUUGCCGAUCUUCAAAAACCACAAGUUGAACUUGAUGGGAAGGCAUGUGCCGCUGUUGGACAAAACAGUCUUAUGGCUCUCUACGACACAUUAUUUACUCAGCUGGAUAUCACAUCAGCUCAGCUUCUUGUGACAGAUAAUGAUUUUAGGGAUAGAGAUUUUAGAAACCAACUGAGUGAAACUGUAAAGUCACUAUUAACUCUGAAGGUUAUUCCUAUAUUCAAUGAAAAUGAUGCAGUCAGUACCAGGGAAGCUCCAUAUGUGGAUUCUUCUGGUAUAUUUUGGGAUAACGAUAGUUUGGCUGCUCUACUAGCUUUGGAGCUAAAAGCUGAUCUUCUUGUUUUAUUGAGUGAUGUAGAGGGUCUCUACAGCGGCCCUCCAAGUGAUCCAAACUCAAAGCUAAUCCAUACGUACAUUAAGGAAAAACAUCAGGGUGAAAUUACUUUUGGAGACAAGUCUAGGGUGGGAAGAGGAGGUAUGACUGCAAAAGUAAAAGCUGCUGUCAGUGCCGCUAGUGCUGGCAUCCCAGUUGUUAUCACCAGUGGGUACGCUGCUGAAAACAUCAUUAAAGUCCUUCAAGGAGAGUGUAUUGGAACCCUUUUUCAUCAAAAUGCACAUUUAUGGGCCCCAAUUAAAGAAGUUGGCGCACGUGAGAUGGCAGUUUCAGCUAGGGAAAGCUCCAGACGGCUUCAGGCAUUGUCUUCGCAUGAUAGGAGAAAAAUUCUUCUGGACAUAGCCGAUGCCCUAGAAGCAAAUGAAAAACUAAUUUACUCUGAAAAUGAAGUGGAUGUCGCUUCGGCACGGCAAGCAGGAUAUGAAAAAUCCUUGAUAGCUCGGCUUGCUUUAAAGCCAGGGAAGAUUUCAAGCCUUGCAAAUUCAAUUCGUGUGCUUGCAAACAUGGAAGAUCCAAUUGGCCGUGUACUAAAGAGAACACAGCUUGCAGAUGGACUUGUUCUAGAGAAAACAUCAAGUCCCUUGGGCGUUCUACUUAUUGUUUUUGAGUCUCGUCCUGAUGCACUGGUGCAGAUAGCUUCCUUGGCAAUUCGAAGUGGAAACGGACUUCUCUUGAAAGGAGGAAAGGAAGCCAAACGGUCAAAUGCAAUCUUACACAAGGUCAUUACCACAGCCAUCCCAGAAAAUGUUGGAGGAAAACUUAUAGGUCUUGUGACUUCUAGAGAUGAGAUUCCUGAUCUGCUUAAGCUUGAUGAUGUAAUUGAUCUCGUGAUUCCAAGAGGCAGCAAUAAACUUGUAUCUGAAAUCAAGAAUUCCACUAAAAUUCCCGUUCUGGGCCAUGCUGACGGAAUUUGCCAUGUUUACAUUGAUAAAUCUGCUAACAUGGAUAUGGCAAAGAAAAUUGUUUUGGAUGCAAAAGUAGAUUAUCCAGCAGCCUGUAAUGCAAUGGAAACACUCCUUGUACAUAAGGAUUUGGUUCCUACUGAAGGAUUAAAUGAGAUUAUUGUUGACCUUCAGACUGAAGGUGUGAUGUUAUAUGGAGGGCCAAGAGCAAGCUCCUUGCUGAAUAUUCCGGAGGCACGAUCAUUUCAUCAUGAGUACAAUUCAAUGGCUUGCACUGUGGAAUUUGUGGAUGAUGUAUAUGCAGCCAUUGAUCAUAUACAUCAACAUGGAAGUGCACACACUGAUUGUAUCAUUGCAGAAGACCAUGAAGUUGCUGAAGUUUUUCUGGGUCAAGUUGACAGUGCUGCUGUUUUUCACAAUGCAAGUACCAGAUUUUGUGAUGGGGCUCGAUUUGGACUAGGUGCAGAGGUUGGGAUAAGCACAAGCCGGAUUCAUGCCCGGGGUCCAGUAGGAGUUGAAGGAUUGUUAACAACACGAUGGAUUCUCAGAGGAAGUGGACAAGUGGUUGAUGGUGAUAAAGGGGUGGUCUACACCCACAAGGACCUCGCAAACUAGUCCCAUAGUUCAUGGCCUGAUAAUUACUAGUCCAUUCUAUCAAUUCACUUUGUUGCCAAUGCCCCCGAAAUGCAUUUGAUCCUAGUUUUCAAACUCACCCGGUUUACAUCCCCGUAAGCUUUUCAAGUAUGAUGAUUUAGGACAAUAUCGAAAGUUAACUCUUUUAUUUC